GUACCACUGCUUACCAAGUACACAUCACCAAUCCAUCAGUCUUUUUUGACCAAACUCACUUCAACCAUCUUAAAAACCAAUCUUGUUCUUUUACUAUUUUUAUAUAAAACACUGAAAACCUUUCAUCCUUCUUCUUACUUUUCAUCCCUUUCUCAUCUUUUUAUCAAUUCUAAAUUCAACUUCAAUCGAUCCAAGAUGGCUCACUUACUUCAUUCUCAUACUAACUCUCCUCUCACCCGUACUGGUACUCCCAUGCAUCUCUUUGAGGAACCGGGUAGUCAUGUCUCUCAUGCUGGUCAACCUCAUUAUCAUCUAGUGGGAAAAGAUCUUAAAAUGUUCUCAGAGGCUGGAUUUGAUAUGGAUAAGAUUCAUAUCAAACGAAACGCACCCAUUGCACAAUUAUAUGAAGAAGCUAUCAGAAACGAAGGAGCGAUUAUCUCAGCUUCAGGUGCUUUGAUCAAUUUCUCGGGAAAGAAAACCGGUAGAUCUCCAAAAGAUAAACGGAUCGUUUAUGAAGAAACUUCGAAAGAUCACGUUUGGUGGGGUAGUGUUAAUAUUAAGAUGGAUGAACAUACUUUUGAAAUCAAUCGAGAACGGGCUAUUGAUUAUCUCAACACUCGUGAUAAUGUUUAUGUUUUUGAUGGAUUUGCUGGUUGGGAUCCAAAAUAUCGGAUCAAAGUUCGAGUGAUCUGUGCUCGUGCCUAUCAUGCACUUUUCAUGACCAACAUGCUCAUCAGACCUACUGAAAAGGAUUUGGAAGAUUUUGGAGAGCCUGAUUUUACCAUUUAUAAUGCUGGUCAAUUUCCAGCCAAUCGAUUUACUAGUGGUAUGACAUCUGCCACUUCGGUUGAAAUCAACUUCAAACGUCGUGAAAUGGUCAUUCUUGGUACCGAAUAUGCCGGUGAGAUGAAGAAGGGUAUCUUUUCCGUCAUGCACUAUCUCCAACCGGUCAAGUUUGGCCAAUUGUCAUUGCAUUCAUCGGCGAAUGAAGGGCCUGAUGGGGAUGUAUCACUCUUCUUUGGACUUUCGGGUACUGGAAAGACUACUUUAUCGGCUGAUCCAGCUCGUAUGUUAAUCGGUGAUGACGAACAUGUCUGGUCUGAUAACGGCGUGUUCAAUAUUGAAGGAGGAUGUUAUGCUAAAUGUAUUGGCUUGAGUGCCGCCAAAGAACCUGAUAUUUAUCGAGCUAUUCGAUUCGGGGCAAUCCUUGAGAAUGUAGUCUACGAUGGUGAUUCGCGAGAACCGUGUUAUGAUGAUGCUAGCAUAACCGAGAACACUCGUUGUGCUUACCCUAUAGAGUUCAUUCCAAAUGCAAAGAUUCCUUGCUUAUCGACUUCUCAACCGUCGAACGUGGUGUAUCUGACCUGUGACGCUUACGGUAUCCUACCACCGGUAUCAAAACUUACUCGAGAACAAGCUCAAUAUUGGUUCUUGAUGGGCUACACCUCAAAAACCCCUGGUACAGAGGACGGCGUCACUGAGCCUACUCCCACGUUUUCCACUUGUUUCGGACAACCCUUCAUCGUCCUACACCCUUCCAAGUAUGCGACCAUGCUGGCCGAAAGAAUGGACAAGGUCCAAGCCAAUUGUUGGUUGAUCAAUACCGGCUGGGUGGGCGGCAAAUUCGGAACUGGCGCCAGAUGUUCAUUGAAGUACACUCGCAAAUUGAUAGAUGCGAUACACGAUGGAUCACUAGCUAAAGCUGAAUAUGAAAACUUUGAUGUUUUCAAUUUGGCGAUUCCUAAAACCUUACCAGACGUACCAGAUACGGUUUUGAAUCCUAUGAAAGCCUGGAAGAACACUAGCGCUUUUGAGAAUGAUCGCAAGAAGCUUGCUGGAUUGUUUAGAGAUGCCUUUAAGAAGUAUGAGAAGGAGGUUUCAGCAGAGGUGAAGGCUGCUGGUCCUAAGGUUUAAGAAGAUCAUGUGAAAGGAUGAUCAAUGUGUCAAGGUAAGGAAAUUUUGUUUAAAAGCUCUUAUGUGUUGUGAUUGUAUUGUGGUAGCAUUAGAUUGUAUCUCUCAAACUCUUUUUUUGUUUUAAAUGUAUGGUAUCUUUUUAUCUCAAGUCACAACUUUGUGAUCCAAGCACCUUUGAAUUGAUAGUUGACAAGUUACAACCAAUUCUUCUGUUUUUC